AUGGUAAUGAGGAAGUUUUCCGAAAAGGCAGUCAUUCGUCCACGUUUUGGAAGUAGUAUUAUCAUAAAUGAGGGCAGACAUCCACUACUCGACUAUUCCAUAGGAGAUCAAGUGGUUUCUAACGAUACGUAUCUCACAACUGAUUCACGCGUUGUGAUCAUCACGGGACCGAACAUGACCGGAAAGUCCACGUACCUGAAGCAGGUGUGCCAGCUGUGUGUCUUGGCUCAAAGUGGUUGCUUUGUUCCUGCUAAAAUUGCCGUUCUACCCGUGAAACAGUGGCUGCUUCUUGCUCAUUGCUCUGAUAUGGUGAAAAGGUGCCUGUUGCUUUGA